AUGACGCCCGACGAGAGGACUGACAAGCAAGCAGCAUAUGUCGAGCAAGAGGACAGAGCAGUGUCCUGUGCUGUGGUGCGGCAGACGAGCUGGAGUGGAGUGGAGGGCCAGCAGGCUGCAUCCAUCAGGCGCGGACAGCGCGCACGUGUAAACAAGCUGCCAUUUGCAUACCGGCCGAGCGCGCUGCCCGAGGCAGUACGGCUGUGGCAGCGGCUCCUGGACCGCGAGACCGCCCGCUGGCUGCUGGCGACGCCUCCGCUGUCCCGCCUCCCCCGUGGCAGCGCCGCGGCCAUCUUCCUCGACUACGGCUGCGCGCGCAACAGGAAGCUCUUCCUGCAGUGUGCAGAGCUGGGCCUGCUGAACACGUCGACGCACUGGCUGGUGUGGGGCGGAGGGCCGCCGCCGGAGGACCUGCCGCUGCGGCUGGACAGUGACGUCACGUGGGCCUCUCCUCGCGAGGGCGAAGUCGUUCUGGAGAAGCUGGUCCUCGACCAACCCGAAGACUCGCUGCUCAGGAUCGCCGUGGGGCGCUGGUCGCAGGGCACAGGGCUGGCGUACCAGGGAACACACGUGAAGUGGCCGCCGCGCCAGCUGAACGGACGGAUACUGCGUCUCGCAGCUAGGGUGAUCUACUCGCCCUUGGACAACCUGGGGAGGAGACUGAGGAAGGUGGAGGACAAGCACCUGGACAUGGUUGCGCGCUUCGGCUGGGAGGUCUGCUCUCGCUUGUCAGACAUGCUCAAUUUCUCGAUCGUUCUGUACUCCACAUCUUCUUUCGGCUUCGCUGUUCUGGGUAACAAAACAAUGGACGGGGUGGUCGGCCUGCUGGCGAACGGCACCGUCGAUAUCGGCGUCACGGCGCUGGUGAUCACGCACGAGCGACUCAAUUUCAUCGACUUUACUGGGCCGGGCGUACUCUGGACCACCAAGAUCGCGUUCCGGCACCCAAAGGCGGUGGGCGUGUACGGGACGCUGUUCCGGCCGUUCGAGGCCCCUCUGUGGGUGGCCAGCAGUGUGGUGUACUCGCUGGUGCUGGCCACCGCGUGGCUCGCCUACCGAGCUGUGCGCUGCUGCGAGGGCGGACAUGAAGGCAGCUGGAGCUCGGCGCUGCUCCUGCUUUGUUCCGCCAUCAGUCAGCAAGGUGUGUCGCACAGCUGCGGGCUGCUGGGCUGGCGCUUCCUGCUGCUGGCGAGCCUGUGGUGCGCAGCGCUGCUGGACACUCACUACUCGGCAGCCAUUGUGACGUCGCUGCUGCUGCCGCCGCCCAGGACCAUCAGGAACAAGCGCGACCUCGUGCACAGCCCGCUCGCCUUCGGCUCCGAGAACGUCAGCUACGUGCACGGCUACUUUGAGACGAGCGACGACCCGGUGGACCGCGCGCUGUGUGCCUCACGUCUGUUCUCCCGCGGCGCCUCCAAGCCCAACUACUUCCCUCCAGAGGUCGGCGUGCGCAAGAUGGCAACGGAGCUGUUCGCGUACCAUGCGGACGAGUCUCGAAUGUACCCUCUCAUCGACCGCAUCUUCGACGAGCAGGCCAAGUGCGCGCUGGAGACAAUCAGUUUCCUGACGCCCAUGAGGACUUUCACAGCAGUGCAGAAGAAUUCACCACUCAAGGAGACCAUCACUGCAGCAUGUGAUCGGCAGCUGCCUGUUGUCGGCAGGGUGCGCACGCUGUGGGAGCGCGGCUUCAUGGCGCACGCGCACAGGACGUGGCGCCUGGAGCCGCCCGCCUGCCUGUCGGACAGCGACUACGUCAGCGUCGACCUGGCCGCCGUGUCGCCCGCCUUCCUGCUGCUGGUCGCCGCGCUGCUGCUCGCCGCCGUGGUGCUGCUGCUCGAGAGGGCCUGGUCAGUUGCUGUCCCGUCUCCAUCACACGGGGAAUAG